CGCAUUGAGAGCUGACCGAGAGGCAGAGAAACCGCUGCGAGGACACCCUUUGACCGCCGUGCCCAACAGGCGCAGCCAGACUGCGCGCCGCGCGCCUCCGCGUCUGCGUGCAGCGCUUUUCUCACAGCUCCGACACAGACAGGCGGCUUUGAACCUGCCUGCCAAGAUCAACUCACCUCGCCUAUUUAUGCCCCUGCCUCCGCGUGCACUCGGGACAGGAGAGAGUCCCCCGCUCAGAGGACAGGUUUAGGUCUCUCCGUGUCCAGCGGCGCACUGGACACUUUUACGCGCCGGGAAUGGCCACUUUUGGGGGCCUCUGGAACGAGACCUGCUGCGUUACCGCCACUUUAGAAUCAUAAAGGGGGACCCACGCGGGGCGGGUGGGGGAGACUCAUCCAGAGAAGUACAGCCACCCGCCGGGGGGCCACGCACCGGCCCCGGGGCGUAAUGCUGCUCCCGACGCUGGUGACGUGCCUCGUCGCGUGCGCCUUUCUCCUCUCGCGGGGCAGCGAGGGCUGCGGGCCGGGUCGAGGCUACGGCAAGAGGCGCUCACCACGGAAGCUCGCGCCGCUCGCCUACAAGCAGUUCAGCCCCAACGUGGCCGAGAAGACUCUCGGAGCCAGCGGGAGGUACGAAGGGAAAAUAACCCGGAACUCUGAGCGCUUCAAGGAGCUCACCCCCAACUACAACCCCGACAUCAUCUUCAAGGACGAGGAGAACACAGGUGCAGACCGCAUGAUGACACAGCGCUGCAAAGACAAGCUGAACUCUCUGGCCAUCUCGGUGAUGAACCUGUGGCCCGGGGUCCGCCUGCGGGUCACCGAGGGCUGGGACGAGGACGGCCACCACUCGGAGGAGUCGCUGCACUACGAGGGCCGGGCCGUGGACAUCACCACCUCGGACCGGGACCGCAACAAGUACGCCAUGCUGGCCCGGCUGGCGGUGGAGGCCGGCUUCGACUGGGUCUACUACGAGUCCAAGGCCCACAUCCACUGCAGCGUCAAGUCAGAUCACUCCAUGGCGGCUAAGUCUGGAGGCUGUUUCCCCGGCGAGGCCUCGGUCACGCUGGCGAGCGGCGCUCAGAAGUCCAUCGGCGAGCUGCGGCCCGGCGAGCGCGUCCUGGCGUCGGCCGGCGGCGGGGAGAUGGUUUACAGCGAGGUUCUGGUCUUCCUGGACCGCGACCCCGAGACCUGGAAGCUCUUCUACACGCUGCACACGGAGGCCGGGGCCCGCCUCUCGCUCACCGCCGCCCACCUCGUGUUCGUGUCCGAGGGGAACUGCUCGGAGGGGGCGGCGGCGGGCCGCGGCGGCCUCAGGACCGUGUACGCCGGCGACGCCCAGCCGGGACAGUGCGUGCUGGUGUCGCGGGGGGAGGCGGGUCGUCUGUCCCGGAUCACCCGGGUCAGCACCGGUGGGAGCCGGGGGGCGUUUGCGCCGCUGACCCGGCAGGGGACGCUGGUGGUGGACGGGGUGGCGGCGUCCUGCUACGCCGUGGUGGACCGGCACUCCCUGGCCCACUGGGCCUUCUCGCCGCUCCGGCUGAUCCACAGCUGGACCGGGUCCACCGGGAGCCACCGGGACGGGGUGCACUGGUACUCCCGGCUUCUACACUGGUUGGGGAGGGUGCUGCUGGACUCGGGACGCCUCCACCCGCUGGGCGUGGCUCAGGGCGACAGGUGAGGAAGCUCACAUGGGUGGAGACUUUAAACUGGAACCCAGGAACCGGUCUGAGCUGGACCACGAUGGACCACCUAUCAGAUACGUGUGGGUUCCUGCUGAGGCAUGAUGGGAGACUUCUUUAAGGAGGAUCUGUGAACGGAGAUGAACUAAAAGACUUUCAGUGACUCUGUGGAACAAUAAUCUCGUAAUAAUCCCGUAAUCUCCUUUUAAAAACACCUCGUCGUCUUCAGGUGUUCUUAAACUUUGGAUUUAAGGUCUGAAACAUGUUCAGGUGCAAAGUACUGAUGCUUCUUAUUCAGUAUUCAGGUAUUCAAUAGCAUAUGUUGAGGUGUGUGUGUAUAUAUAUUUAUCAAAAAUUAAUGGUUUUGACAAUAUAUUUAGGGUUUUUAAAUGGUUAAAAAAAAACAUACAAAUGACUGAAAAACCACCCUGACAUUUAAAUGAAUAACAUUUUUUUACCACUUAAACAAUGAAGACAUUAUAUUAGAGAUACCAUAGUAUGACCGUGAAUUACCCCCAAAAAUCAGAUUACAAAACUUUUAAUUGCAUCACUGAAUUUUCGUCUUAAUUGAAAAUGAACGCAGGUUUAAGAUGGACUGUAAAUCAAAGGGUGGUUUUCAUGCUGUUUAUGGGUCUGAGCCCAUAAACAUCCCUUAAUCUGUGAAGAAACUCCAGAGGAAGCCUUAAUAUGACACAAUCCUUUCAUUUAUGUCAUGAUUUUCCUUUUGAAUAUCAGAAAAACAUAACCAGCAUCUUAAAUCUGUCAUUAAUUGAUUUGUCAAAUGUAAUAUGUCAAUAAAGGGAAAGUUCUUGGUGCAUGUUUUGGUUUAACACUCCAAACAUGCAGAUGAUGAAGUUUAUAUAUCAUAUCACAAGCCCAGUGAACUCAUUAAUAAUGGGUUCAUUCGUGGUGUUCAGGGACACAUUGAAGGGAUUUCGUGUCACAGUGAGUCCACUGGUCUUAUAUUACUGCUUUAAUACAGAGUUUAGAAUACAUGAUCGUGUAUUUAAGUGUUAUUUGUUUACAGAAAUCCAUAAUGUUUCAAAGUUAUUUUGGGUGAAGAGAGAUGAAAAGAUUUAUUUUUUAAAUUAAAUUAUAUGUAAAUGA